ACUGGCCAAGCGGUACGGGCUGAUCGACAGAAAGAGAGGGAAACUUUAGUUUAGAAAGGUCAGUCAUUAGACCCUAGAACAGUAUGGAAUCAGUACGUUUUCAGUGGGUCUAAUAAUAGAGUUGGAAAGGCAGGGAAGAGAAGGAAUUUACGCACGCUUCUCUCUGGAUAACUGGAGUGUCCAUUUGCGCGGAGUGAUGGAGAUUUGGGGUUCUUGGGGUUUUGCGGUUUGGAUUUCAUUUCUGACGGGUUUGACUACGGCCAGUUACUCAGAAGACCAGUGCAGCUGGAGAGGAAGUGGUCUUUCUCAGGCGGUGAAAAAUGUGGAGCAGGUUUGGUUGAGGUGUGCAGAGGGCUCAGUUGAGUGGCUGUACCCUGCUGGAGCGUUACGUUUUACUCUUUCACCCCGUCUCCCAUGGUGCGCCAUGGGGCCGGGCGAGUCCAACAGAAGCCCAGUGUCAGCCUGCAUUAAGCAAGAUCCACACUGGGGUGGGGCUCAACUCUACCUGGAGCGAGACGGGGUCCUGGAGCUUCUGGUGGGAGAUGAGGGCGAGACACCCGGCCCUGCCCAUGUGCGCUGCUUCAGUGCCAUGACUGGAGAACGACUGGCCCUCUUCCUUCAGGCAACACCCCACCAGGACAUUAGCAAACGCAUUGCAGCGUUUCGCUACGAGCUGAGAGGUGAUUGGACAAUGCAGUCAAAUCAGCCGUCAGUCAACACGGAUCCAAUCAGCAGCGAAGGAGCUUGCAGACCGUGCAAUAACACUGAGAUUUUGAUGGCUGUGUGCACCAGUGACUUUGUGGUUCGUGGAAAUAUUCGUUCAGUGGAAAAGGACUUGGAUCGUGGGGCAGCAGUGAUCAAAGUGAGCGCUACGCGCGUCUACCGACAAAAGUUUGCACUGUUCCCUGAUAGUGGCCGCCUGACGCGGUCAGGAGAGAUUCGUACACCAUUACAGUGCGGCGUUCGGCCCGGCGCUGGUAGCUUCCUGUUUACUGGGCGUGUGCACUUCGGAGAGGCAUGGCUUGGCUGUGCUCCACGUUAUAAAGACUUCCUGAAGGCAUACGAGCAGGCCAAACAGUCCCUUACGAUCCUUUGCACUCUGGUGAACGACUGAUGGAAUGUAUGAGAAGAAACCAGGUGGACACUUGACUCUGUCACAGAAUUGUUCAUCUGAGAAGAUUUGCCGUGAAAUAAGGAUCCGUCACUCUUUGUGAAAAACUCCUGAUAUUUCUCUAGUGAUUCCCUGGAAAGGACAAGGUUGAGCAGUGAGAAAUGGACAAUGUGAUAUAGAAAGUCACUAGGGAAGAAGUCUCAGUGAAGUUCAUUGGAUCAAGAAGGAUAUCUGAAUAAGGACUUUUGGGGUUUAAUGUGUGUUGAUAUAUCUAAUCGCACUCGUUUAACCCAGAGCGCCCUGAUUUCUCACAAAAGGGGCCCUUAUUUAAACUCAGGAAAUUGUGUCUUUGGACACUUUGGAUAUUUCGAUGAUAUGAUGUUCAUAUCACUAGUCCUCAUGAUGUAGGGGGCACACUCCAAACCCACCUGUGGGUUCAGUGCGUAAAUAAGCUGGACGCAAUACAUGUAGCACAGUCGUUUUUUGCAGUAUUUAAUGCCACCGAAAAACUUUUUGAUUUGUCAUUCUGUACAUGAACAGAGAACAUUUUUAAAACACUUGGUUGAGAUUUUGUUUUGAGAGAAAAUAUAUAUAUAUAUAUAUAUAUAUAUAUAUACACACACUGGUGGCCAAAAGUUUGGAAUAAAUGUACAGAUUUUGCUGGAAAAAUUUUAUGGAAAGAAAUUGGUACUUUUAUUCACCAAAGUGGCAUUCAACUGAUCACAAUGUAUAGUCAGGACAUUAAUAAUGUGAAAAAUUACUAUUACAAUUUGAAAAAAUUAUAAACUACUUCAAAGAGUUUUUAUCAAAAAAUCCUCCACGUUCAGCAAUGACAGCUUUGCAGAUCCUUGUUAUUCUAGCUGUCAGUUUGUCCAGAUACUCAGGUGACAUUUCACCCCACACUUCCUGUAGCACUUGCCAUAGAUGUGACUGUCUUGUCGGGCACUUCUCACGCACCUUACAGUCUAGCUGAUCCCACAAAAGCUCAAUGGGGUUAAGAUCCAUAACACUCUUUUCCAAUUAUCUGUUGUCCAAUGUCUGUGUUUCUUUGCCCACUCUAACAUUUUCUUUUUGUUUUUCUGAUUCAAAAGUGGCUUUUUCUUUGCAGUUCUUCCCAUAAGGCCUGCACUCCUGAGUCUUCUCUUUACUGUUGUACAUGAAACUGGUGUUGAGCGGGUAGAAUUCAAUGAAGCUGUCAGCUGAGGACAUGUGAGGUGUCUAUUUCUCAAACUAGAGACUCUGAUGUACUUAUCCUCUUGUUUAGUUGUACAUCUGGUCUUCCACAUCUCUUUCUGUCCUUGUUAGAGCCAGUUGUUCUUUGUCUUUGAAGACUGUAGUGUACACCUUUGUAUGAAAUCUUCAGUUUUUUGGCAGUUUCAAGCAUUGUAUAGCCUUCAUUCCUCAAAACAAUGAUUGACUGAUGAGUUUCUAGAGAAAGCUGUUUCUUAUUUUGUCAUUUUUGACCUAAUAUUGACCUUAAGACAUGCCAGUCUAUUACAUACUGUGGCAACUCAAAAACAAACACAAAGACAAUGUUAAACUUCAUUUAACGAACCAAAUAGCUUUCAACUGUGUUUGAUAUAAUGGCAAGUGAUUUUCUUGAACCAAAUUAGCAAUUUAGCAUGAUUACUCAAGGAUAAGGUGUUGGAGUGAUGGCUGCUGGAAAUGAUCAAAAAUGACAUUUUUUCAAAUAGUAAUGGUGUUUUUUCACAUCAGUAAUGUCCUGACUUUGCUUUGUGAUCAGUUGAAUGCCACUUUGGUGAAUUAAAGUACCAAUUUC